GUUUCUUUCUUAGACAAAUGUCCGCGAGCGCAGCUGAAUGAAGCCGCAGCCACUACAUCUUAGAGUUUUUACUUUAUUUUCAAACAAACACGCAUUUAUUUAGAUCUUACAGCAAUACUCAGAUGUAGAAGUUUGUUUCGUAUUUACACGCGUUGAUGCCGUUGUCCGUGCGCUGUCAGAACAGUAAAGUACAGAUAACUACAGCGAGGCUAACAGGGAGCUAGCGCCGAGCACAGCCAUUGCUGACGCCGGGCGAGUGAAGGGAAACCCGGGGAAGCUGAAGACCUCCACCGGCGCUGUUUCAUUUUCGGGACGGAUGACAGCGCGGGAGGCUGCGAUCUGUUCAUGUUUAUCUGGCUGUACAUUAAACCAUUCUCUGACUGAUAAACUAACUAACCGGGACGGAUAAGACUUGAGCUAACAGGCGCUAGCGCAGCGGUGUUUCACUGAUAAACAGGAGCUUUUAAAGUCCCAUCAGCCCAACAUUAGAGGAGCUUUGGACCGGGACUAUGGCCAGUGGGACCACAGCAGGCUUCUCUCGUCAAUCUAAUGGUGAAAGUGUACCGGGACAAGUCUCUUCUGAUCGUAAGCUCCGAUACCAGUCCGAAUCAGAGACUGACAUCGUACCGACAGCGAAGAGCUUAUCUCGGCUGUGCAGCAGAGACGAAGAGGAGCGGGCUACGGCUCUGGACCAGCUCACUGACAGUGUCUUGAUGUGUUUGGGUUUGGACCGGCCCGAAUCGAACCGGCUCAGUCAAAAAACACUACUGCAUCUGCUCCGAUUAUCACUGUCCUGCCCCUUACAAGAGGUCCGUGAGAAAACCUCCGAGCUGCUCCGACGCGCGCAGAAACAAGGUGUAGCAGUACCUCGAGCGCUGUCUUCAGGUCCUAGUGCCUUUAUACCAGCAAAACAGAUCUUGCAAGAAGGAAUCAAUCAGGACAUCCUUAUUGAAUCUUUUCUUUCAAUGGGUCGAGUGGACCAUGUCACAAUGGUCAUGGCUCUUCACCCGGCCUACCUCAGCUGCUUCCUGAGGACCCAGCAUGCUUUGCUGGAGAUGGACGGGCCUUUGCCGCGUCACUGGAGACAUUACAUUGCUGUUAUGGCUGCAGCUAGGCACCAUUGCUCAUAUUUGGUCCAACAGCAUAGCACAUGUUUCCUGGAGGCGGGUGGCGAGGAGAGCUGGCUCAGUGGCUUGGAGCAGGCUCCGACUAAACUGCGCAGCCUUCAGACCCUCAACAAACUGAUGGCACACAGGCCCUGGCUCAUCACAGAGCAGCACAUCCAGGCACUGGUGUGUCCUGGGGCAGAUCCUCGCUGGUCAUUGGCUGAGCUGAUACAUGCUAUUAUGGUGUUGGCACACGCUCAUUCGCUCUGCUCCUUUGUGUGGGGCUGUGGCCUCAAUCCUGAGUCUGACCAUAUCGGAGGCUUCACCUUCCAGCCCUCAUCCCCUAGUCAUGUCUCGCCAAGUCCCCAAAGUCCUGCACAUGAGGACGGCAGGCAAGAGCUGGUGGACGGAGCCAUGGAGGUGGAGGUGUUGAUGAAGAGGAUGGUGGAGUUACAGCAGCAGGAGGAAGAGUGCACGCAGGAAGAAAUAAUUACUCGUUUUGAAAGGGAGAGGACUGAAAGCAUUCCCACUGCCGUGGUCCGUGGAUCCCCCCCUGACAUGGUGCAGCACCUCGUGGAGGAUCCAGACUUUAGAUAUGAGGACUUUGCACCCAGAGGAGAGCAGUCUCCCACCACCAUGAGAGCACAGGAUUAUUCCUGGGAGGACCAUGGCUAUUCUCUGGUCAACAGACUUCUGCCUGACAUGGGACAGCUUUUGGAUGAGAAGUUCCAGGUUGUUAGUAACAUGACUUACCACAGGAUGGCGAUGCAUGAGGGUGUUGAUACACACACUUUGAGAAAGGCUCUGUGGAACUACAUUCAUUGUCUCUAUGGUAUUCGAUAUGAUGACUACGACUAUGGCAGUGUCAAUGUCCUGUUAGAGCGCUCUCUGAAAGUAUUUGUGAAAACCAUGGCCUGUCACCCGGAGCAGACCACAAUGCGCAUCUACCACGACUUCUGGAGGCAUUUCCAACACUCAGAGAAGGUUCAUGCUAAUCUUAUAGUGAUGGAGGCCCGGCUACAAGCUGCCUUGCUGUACACGUUACGAGCAAUAACACACUAUAUGAGAUGACAUCACACACGAAAUAGAAAAGACAACUGCAACUUUGCAAAUGCUGAGCCAGCUGACAUACCACAGCACAAAUGUGAUAAGUGGAUUCAUAAGUUUGCACAAAUGUAACACACUACAAUGAAUGUUUGUUAUGUAUGUUAUUUUUUCAGUGUUAAUUAUUGAUGCUGUGUUCCGACAAGGAUAAUGUGUUACUUUUAUUGCACUGAAUUUCUUCAUAUUUAGUUUUGACCAGUCGAAUCUAAAGCUUUAGUGAAAAAAAUCUUGUACAUCUCGAGUCAAACAUAUCUGAACCAUCAACAUAUGACCCGGCAUGACGUCAUUUCACUCUCAAAUCAUCACUGUGGGUUUUAGGUAUUUAUGUGAUGAACUUGUUUAGAUCUGUUAACUGCUGUCGUACUCAUCAGACCACCCCAUGCCUCAAUAUCUGAGACUACCUUGUAUUUUUCUACACAAUAAAGUUAAACAUUUUGUUA